AAGAACACAACCCAUCGAUGUUUCUCCACCUCUAUUAAAAGUCGUCAAAUAGCAAUAAUAAAUAGGAAUAGUUAUAGAUUUGUGCAUUUAAUUUCGUUCGUUAUUGGCGUUUCAAUCGAUCGUGGGUCCCAGUGAGUUAACUGCACCUGCACCCAAAGCGGAAGCUGAGCGAAAAGGUGUUUCAUUUGGCGUGCGCAUUUCGACACCUUUGUCAACGCUGAUUCUGAUUUGGUGGACCGACGACUUACACACACAAACAAAGGCGCGUACUAAUAUAACAGACACUGAAGUGUGUGUGGAAGGGACAGACAAACAACCGUGCGAUAACAACAACAAUCGGCAGUGAUCGCGGCGAGAAAUGGAAAUGGCCAACAACAUGGUCAGCAGCAGCAACAGUGGCGCUGGUGGGAGCAGCAACACCACCUCCUACGGCAACAACAGCUACAACAACAGUGCGGUGGACAGUGGUCACAGUUCGCACAGUGGCGUCGGUGGCGGGGGCGGCGGUGAGGGCACGGGAGCGCGCCUUCGAGAUGUUUGUACCAUCCUGAACACUGGCCCCGCCGCCUAUCAAAUUCAAACAGGUGGCUGUGCCUACGACCACAUCAUCGCCCUGAUGAGAAACCUUGAUCUGCAGGACGAUGGCAUCGUGCUUAACUCCAAGAUCAAGACCAUCGAAACGGACUUCUGCAACAUAGUGCGCGACGAGUCGAUGCUUUGUGAGUCAAUGGAGUACCUAAACGACAAGGCGCUCAGCGAUGGUGAUACGGCGCUAAAGUUCGCCCUGCUCUUCUCGUCGCGAAACUUCGACGCACUGGCCAUGAAAGAGACAAAGGUGCGCAGCGCCAUGCUCAAGAUUCUGGAGACAAACUUCCUCAACGCGGACGCGUAUCGGUUGCACGACAAGAACCGACUGUACAACUCAAUCACGCUGCUGGGUGAAUACUAUCACAGGGUAAGGCUGGCGGAUAAUACCCCUAUUACCAUUUUGGGUGAGUCCCUGCUGGACUUGCUUACCCGCGAGCUCAACGAUACGUCUGUGGUGCUGGGCACUCGGAUUGCCCGCCUGGUGCUUUCACAGAUCACCCUGAAUGGGGAGAUCAUGCGCAAGCGGCACAAGGUCGAGAUUGAUUUACUGCUCUUCCACGUUCGCCGGCAUUUGAUCAUGCAGCCCGCGCUGACCGCUAAGGUGAAGGCCAUGCUACUGAUGGUGCUGGACCUCUUUUACAGCCACUUUAAGCAUAUCGGCCACGACCUGGAGGCAAUGUACACCAACUUCUUAGUGGUGGAAGAUGGCGAAGAGGAUGGGGUCAACAAUAACGGUUCCGGCCCCCAGGAUCUCGCCGAAGCUGGCCGCUCACAGCAGCUUCAGCAUCAACAGUCAGAGAACGGCAGCAGCGCCAACACGUCCGGCCAGGAUCAAGAUACCUUUGAUCCGCGGCCGACUGCAAAAAAGUGGAGCGAGCAGGUGUGCGAGGAUUCCUUUUGUGAAACUGGCUACGGUGAGGAGGAUCAGGGCGACGAUAGAUACUCAGAGUCUGGACUCUCGUAUCCAGUCAACAACCCUGCUUCACUCGGCCACCGUCGUCGCGGAUUUCAACCUCGCCAAGUGCCGCGUCCAUUGAAGUCACAUCAAUCACAACAGCAGCAGCACCAACAGCCAGCCAGCAUAGACGCCAGCUCCGACCAGUAUCCAUCCAUGGCCAGCAGCGAGGAUCGGGACGAGAGCAAGCCGCUCCCUAGCUGGCGGAAGACACGCUUCAACCGCCAUCACGACGGUGACCAGAGCAACGGACGGUCGCGCGACCAACAGCGGCGGUUCAGCGUGAGCUGCGACGAUGACCACCACAGUGUGCGCAGCGAGGGAGGCGGCAACCUGCGACUGUACAGCAUCCACGACAGGAGGAAGCACUCGCAGGAGCGCAUCGAACGCAAUAUGACUGGCGGUGGCAACUAUAAUAGUAUAGUCAACUCGAAUUGGGAUCAAAGGGAUCGCGAUGAUCGCAGUGAGCGCUCUUAUAUUAGUAACUACGAGCGCGGAAACAACUAUAAGCGAGGUGGGCGAUUCAACAACCGCAACACCUACGACAAACCGCCGCGAUUCCAGAAACAACAACAGCAGCAACAACAACAACAGAUGCAACAGCAACAUCAGGGCGGCAACCAUAAGAUACACAGCGAUACCUGGCGGCGCUCCAACAAUGCUAUAAACAGUGGCUACCAGGACGAGAACUGUGCGUACAACUCGAAUGGUCCGGAAUCGAAUAGUCGCAGCUCCUCCAGGGCUCGCACUCUGCCGAGGCCGCCAAAAUCACAAAUGGAUAAAUCAGGCGGCUAUAGGUACAAUCAGAGCCCCACACAUGCAGGCGGUGGUCCUCGAUUCCCACGUUACAGCAGCCAAAGCAGUUUGGCCAGUGAAGCGUCUAGCUCGUUUGAUCGUCGCCAACAGACAUCGCCACAAAAUCCACAUCAGCAUCAGCGCCAUCGCCAUUUCACACGCCGCUCCCAGCCAGACAUCUAUCAGCCGCAGAACGAGGAGAACUGGAAGGGGCAGGUGGAUAAGGAGCAACCACCAACCGGAAAGGAGGAAAGCGAGCUGGUGCGGAAUGCCCAGCAGACCACCCAGUACAUGAACUAUUUGUCGGCCCAGAAAUAAGUUUAUACACUUUAUGAAGUCAUCCACAUGUACUAAAAUUGUUUUUGAAGUCCGUUUAGAAGUUAUUUGUUCCACCCCCGCAUUGUUUCGCCGUCGUAUAUGUUUCCUAAUGGAUGUGUAUAUCCACGUAGACUGUUUUCAUAUUAUUUUGUCUUCAACUAAGCUCAGAUGUUAAACCAAUACAAAGCAAUUUAGACCAAUCACAAAGCAGAUCCAACUCAAAUCCAGGCUCAAAGAAUAUUGGAGCCACUAAAUUUGUAAAUACCAAUUAUAUAUGUAUAUGAAUGUCUUGUGUAGUCCCCACACAACUACGCCACAUAAACACUCCCACACAAAAUACAGUCACACACACUCAUUUUUAUAUUUAUAUAUACAAACUGUUUAGAAACUAAGUACAAAGUCAAUGAAACAACACAAAUAAUCCUAUUUCUAUUGAAAAGUAAAACGCCUGUUGGUGAAAUGUUAAAAGCAUGUUGAACAUAUAAAAAUUUGUAUUUUUAGCUAAAUAUAUACUUAUAUAUUAAAUGUCAUGUUAUAGUGCAGGUUCAGCCGAUUUAUUAAACGAAUUAUACAAGCUUACGUAUUUUUAAAGCAAAUUUUGUGAGGCCCUCUGUUGGAACAAAAAAGCCAAGCCGGAGUGCAGAAGGAAACAUGAAUUGUAGAGUUAUACGAGUAGUCUUAUAUAGAUACUUAAUCCUCCUUGUUUAGGUAUAAUCAAUAUGUUCGCAACAUGCGUAGGUUCAAAACACUAAUCAGCAUAUAAAUAGCGCCUAACACAUUUUUAAUAAAACAAAAAAAUUACAUUAUCAUUAAUUAAA